AUGGCAUUCGGCGGCUUCUUCGGCGGAGGCGGAUCCAACGACUCGUCCUCAUCCUCAUCAGACAACUCAUCCUCCACUCCAUCAUCCAGCAUCUCAACCUCAUCACCCUUCUCCAGUGGCCCCUCAGCACAACCGCCCUCGGAGAUCCGUCAGAAAAUCCAAUCCGCACUAGCUCUUCAAGCGAGCGUCGAGAACGCAAAGUUUCUGAUCCAAAAAGUCAAUGAGAACUGCUUCGAACACUGCAUACCGGCACCGGGCUCAAAUCUCAGCGCAAAGGAAUCAAGCUGCCUGAGCUCGUGUAUGGAGAAAUACAUCGAGGCCUGGAAUCUGACAAGUCGCACUUACAAUGCCCGUCUGCAUAGGGAUUCGUUGGCGCAGGGUGGGCCAGGCCUUGCUGGACAGUCCAAGGAGCUGUUCUAA